UUCAUUACUUGUCACCCCCACUACUACUACUAUUCAUUACCUGUCUCCCCCACUACUACUAGCUUCCAUACACUUGCAUUAAAAUACACGGUUCUUAUAUAGCAUUUUCAGAUCAAUUUCGCUUUGCGCAAAAACCCUAAGCCAUUCAUCAAUGGCGAAUUGUCAACGACGGCUGGCACCAUUGGAUCCGAUAUACUAUCCGUUACUCACAUUACUCUUCAUCCUAUUCACAUGUGUUGACCUAUACGACGCCGUUACGGUCGUCGACGUUUACCGUCUCGUUCAGUUUGAUAUCUCCAGCGUCCCUUUUGGAUCUCGUCUUGCUACUCUUAAUCACCACGCCGCCUCUUCUCUCUUCGGUUCGGAUCUCUCUCGUAGUGUGAUCAUUCUUCCUGUUCGUGAAUUGGACCUUGACCUUAUUAAAGAAUAUAUUGGACAGGGGAAGCUGUUAGGGGGCUUACUGUUUUUACUGCCACCUCAUUUUAGUCCUGAGAAAGUAGAUGCUGCAGUUGGUAUUGAUGAAGAUUUUGACCUUCUGAGGAAUAAAGUGUCUGAGCUGGAACGGUUGCUUAUACAUGCUAACAUCCCUUAUCCUGUGUAUUUUGCUUUUGAGAACGAUGAUAUCAAUGCUGUACUAGCUGAAGUCAAGAGAAAUGAUGCUAGUGGGCAACCUGCAACUGCUACGACAGGGGGAUACAAGCUUCUUGUUGCUGCCUCAGAUCCUAAGAAAAUUGCAUCUCCUACCAUUACAAAUAUUCAGGGAUGGUUACCAGGAUUGAAGCUUGAGGGAGACUCAACUCAACUCCCUACUAUUGCCAUAGUGGCUUCAUACGACACGUUUGGGGCUGCACCGGCAUUGUCAGUUGGAAGUGAUAGCAAUGGAAGUGGUGUUGUGGCACUUCUUGAGAUAGCUAGACUGUUCUCCAUUCUGUAUUCAAAUCCUAAAACUAGAGGUAGAUAUAAUUUGCUUUUUGGAUUGACAUCUGGUGGGCCAUAUAACUAUAACGGAACUCAGAAGUGGCUUCGAAGCUUUGACCAACGUCUACGUGAGAGUAUCGACUAUGCCAUUUGCUUGAAUAGUCUUGGGUCCUUGGGCAACGAGUUAAAUCUUCAUAUUUCAAAACCUCCUGAAAACAAAUACAUACAACAAAUAUUUCAGGGUUUGUCUAGUGUUGCAGAAGAAUCAGGGCUUCAAGUUGGUCUUAAGCACAAGAAGAUUAACAUCUCCAGUCCUCGAGUAGCCUGGGAGCAUGAACAGUUUUCAAGGCUGAGACUCACUGCAGCUACAAUUUCUGAGCUUUCUACUGCACCUGAAUUGCUUGAAAGCACCGGAAGUCUAACUGAUAACAGACAUUCUGUGAGUGAAGCCUCAGUCAUUCAAAGUGUCAAGGUUGUUGCUGAAAGUGUAGCAAGACAUAUAUACAGCCAGGAAGGAAAAGGCACAAAUAUAUUUGCAGACAAUAGUAGUUUAGCUGUCAAUCCUUCCUAUGUACGGUCUUGGCUGAACCUUUUGUCUACUACUUCUCGAGUGGCACCUUUUCUUUCAAAGAAUGACCCACUCAUCAUGGCACUGCAAAAGGAAUUAGCCGAUCAUACGACUGAGGUGAGUAUACAGCACGAGACGCUAGAUGGAACUUUCACUUUUUAUGAUUCAAUUAGUGGCAGGUUACAUGUAUAUCAGGUUGUGAGCGUGACAUUUGACUUGCUCUUGUUGUUAGUUCUUGGAUCAUACUUGAUUACGCUUUUCAGUUUUCUCGUUAUCACCACCAGGGGUCUUGACGAUCUUUUCAGUCUAUUUCGACGUCCUCCAUCCAGGAAAGUGAAAGCUACUUGAUUUCUCCAGGCGUAGUAUUGCCACACUUCAAGUUUCCAGUAAAUUAUGAAGCGAGCGUCACUCUUUGUAGCCUCAAGGAAUAUCCCCCUCAGAUGAGUUGCUCACUGUUGAUCUGUUGUUCUAAUGUGUCGUUAUUUAGAAACUUUCGACGAUCCAUGGGAGAGUACUCCACAUAUUUCACUUUGAUAGUAACGAUAUAGUUAUAGUACAAUUUUUGCCUGAGUUACAAAUGUAAUUCCCAUGACUUAGAUGUUAAACUUCGAGCUUCAUAGUGUAGAACAUUAAUUUGCAAACAGUUAAACCAUUGAAACUACGUUCUUUCUUGUGAAAAAUAAGCUACUUUGAUUUCUACUUA